AUUUCACGCAGCAAAAGAGAAUUUUGGCUCAGAUACAAUUAUAGUGGUAGGAAGUACUAGGUGCUGACUGAAGUGUUAAGUUAAGCAGUUUUCAAAAUUGAUCCAAAUGCCUGGUGUUGCCUUUUGAGAAUUGGUGCGAAAAUGAGCAUCAAGAGAGUGGAAGCUGACGCCGAAGAAGUGAGACCUAAGGAGAGACCCUGCUACUUCUGCAACGAUGCCUUUGAGAUGGGGAAGUUACAGAACCAUCUGAAACAAUGCGGCAGUAUACUGGAGCAGUGCCCGCUGCGCUGCGGCGCCUGGAUACAGAGGAAGCACCGAGACACGCAUGUCAAGGAGUGUCCGCAGAUGGAAAAGAGCAGAGACGUGGCGUCGCCGAGCCAUGCAAGGCUCUCCGAUCCCGCCCCACCAGCCAUCACAAACCACACGUGGAACCCCGCGUCCGUUCCCCUCGAAGACUGCGUCAGCUACCUUGAGAAAGAAGUCACAUCCAUAAAGUUAAACCUCGCCGAAGAAUCCAGUCACCGUGAUCUCCAGUCUACAGAGCUUGAGAACCUCCGUUCUAAGCUGGUGCUAGUUGAGCAACGAGCUCAGCACUUCCUCUCGACGCUGGUGUCUAUCCGAGCAACAGUGGACGACGAAGCAGAACGCGCUGCUAAUUGGGCUGCGCAGUUCAAGCAUGACUUGUCUAACGUGCAACUAGCUUUACAGGAGUUGCAAAGCCAGCAACUGUCGACAGUGAUGAGGUUGGAGAGCGCAGUCAGCAGCCUGGUUCACGAGCAGCACGAAAGGGAACUUCUGGAGCAAGCACUGACGCAACAUGACAAUAGAAUACGUACUAUUAAGAGUCUUGAGGAAGUGAUCGAGUACAUCAAGCAAACAGUAGAGGAAGAGAGAGAAAGAAAUUCGGAGAGUCGCGCGAUGCUGGAAACUGAACUGCUGGAAUCCCGCAGGUCCUCGGAACAGCUAGCCCAGUUGUCAGUGCUGAGGAUGCAGAUACAAAAUACAACUGCUGAAAGACCUGCUAUAGACCGUCUAGCAGUCCUGGAGGUGGCCACAGCUGAUGCUCGCGCCGAAACGGCGGAACAAUCGAUGAGGAUGGACAAAGUGUCCCGGGACCUGAGGGCUCUGACCAAAUCCUACCACAAGAUGCGCAGUGAACUCGCCGACUUUCAGAGCAGAGUCAGUUUGGACAACCCUGACCUUGGUGGAGAUAAUGGUCACCUCUUAUGGAGAAUAGACAACUUCACCGCUCGAAUGAAAGAUGCCAAAGACAAUGAUGCUGUAUUAACUAGCCCGCUGUUCCGCACCAGUAAAUACGGCUACACGUUGAAGGCCGAAGUUCAGCUGAACGGCAUAGGCAAGUGGAAGGGGCGCCACAUCACCAGCACUGUGCGGCUGGUGACGGGCCCCUACGACCCGCUGCUGGAGUGGCCCUGCGACCUCAGCGUCAGCAUCGUACUGAGAGACCAGCCUGCUAAUAAGAACCAGGCAAUGGAUAUAGUAAAGUCGCUCGACCUCCGUCGAAAGUCCUCGUCGAAAAGGCACGACUACGACGAAGCGGGCGACGAGAAGACGAAGUCCACCGAAACCGUCGACAUGAGCAUCCUACAGAUGAAGAGGCAGUACAUCUUCAUACCGCACACGAGUCUGGACAAGUUCGAAUAUAUCAAAAAUGACAUCCUGUUUUUAGAGUUCCUCGUGAAUCAGUAAUUAACUUAUCUUUAAGGCUGCCUACAUACAGGCAAAAACUCUUUCUUGCCAAUACUCCAACUCUUCAAUACACAAAGGCAAUAUUCUCGAUAAUAUUGACGUGUGCGCGGGCAGCCUUAGAUGUUGCGUUCAACCCCGUAUUGUGGGAAUAGCAACAUAACAAGUAGUCUUAUAUUUUCCAAAGGUUUUAUUUAAAAUGCUUAUUUAUAUAUAUUGCAAUAAUAAAUGACAAUAUGAUUAAGUUAUAAUAUCACUAACUGGUUCCGCGUUCUUUCGUUCUAAUUCGAUUUCCUGAAUAAAACUUGCCUAUGUUUUUCAACUAACUCUAAGCCAAAAAUCAAGAUGAUUUGUUGCUUAGUAAGAGCGUGAAGGAAGGACAAACAAACAAACACUCUAUACAAUAUUAUAUACAUACAAAAUUAAAAGUUAUGGAAACAAGUACCUAAGUAAUCAAAAAAACACCCUCAUUUUCAUUAUGGCAACAUACGCCAUAUGUAACCAUAUUGAAUCACUAAAUAAGUUCAGGCAUUUAGAAGUAUGUAAUGAAGAAACUGACAUACCUACACGACUGUAAUCGGAAAACAUUACACUCCUUUUUUGAGCAGCCUGGGUAAAACGGGUACACUCAUUUUUGUGUAGCUCCCUGGCAUCCGCCAUUUUGAUUUCUAGGAAAACCUAUAGCCGUAAAUCGUAUGCAAGAAUUUGCGCAGAAUUAAGGAGCACGUAAUAAAAAAACGGUGUUCAAAUCGGUGCACACGUACAAAAUUAUAUAAAAUAUUAACACCUCCUUGCAUUAGGAGUUAAAAUAUUACUCUGAAAACAAUUUGAGAUGUUAUAGGAUCCAUUCAAACUAAACGUUGAAAAAGAGAGAAAAUCUUAAAGACGGCUGCGGUGUUGGCCACUUAUGCGCCACGCCCUUUAAAUAUGACAUUAUAUUAUUAUAACCCUCUCUCUGUUAUAGUAGAUGCCAUGGGAAACGAGCGCUAAUGGGAAUGGUGAUUUAAGCUAUUGAUAAUAAUAAAAACAUUCGGAUGAGCCACUUAAUAACUUUUAAGUUUAUUAAGAAUUAUUCUCUAUUUUAUACACGACCGCAGAACUAAUUUUGGGAAAAACUAUAGGCACAAUGACCUAGGUUCUUGGAGUACACUCGUACUCCCACACACAUGCGAAAAUCAAUUUUUUCCUUGAUUAGUUAUUUUAAAGUAUGAGGAUCAGGAGGCUUAUAUCUCUCCUAUACAGGGCUCGACUUGUAGAUUCUUAAAUAGUUUUUCAUUUCAUAUCAAGUCUUUAUAGUUAUCAAUAACAAUGUAAAAACAAAAUAUUCUCUCCGCAUGGGUUAAAAUAGGGUGUCCUAAACAAAAAGGCAAUCUUUAAAGUAAUAAUCAAACACACUUGUAAUAAUACUUGUAUAUAACUAAGUUAGACGAGCUCGUUCGAAUGUGAUUGUAAAAAUUACCCGUCGCUCUUUUGACGUGGCACGAAGUAACUAGUAGUAAGUUAUUAAUGUAAUAGACUAAGAAUUAUUGUUUUAAAUAAAACGAACUGUUAAUCGUAUACACACUUUUA